CGGAGGCGCCAGUCGAGUUCUGAGCGCCGCGGGGCUGCCGCGCUCUCGUCGCGUUGAGCCCUCACUCGCGAUCCACUAACUUUGUACACUGGAAACUUUUCAACGUAAUUUUCGGCCGGAUUCGCGGUUCGCGCAUCACUAUUGUUUCGAAAUCUGAUUUGCUGCGUGGAGUAUCUCUGGCCAGCGGUUAUGUAUGCACUCUUGCGCGUUUAUACGAGUCGGUCGGUCUAUUUUUGAAUAUUCUCUAAACGCUUCGCGGCGAAGUUUUCGAAACGCAACGCCGCCGGAGUCGGGUUAACGGCCGCAGUGUGCAGCACGCUGCAUCACAUCUCUUGUGUUUUUGUUGACGGAUAACAUUUGUGUUGUUAACCUCCUCCCGUUGAAUCCGAGACACGUUAUCUUUUCAUUUGUGCCGAUUAUUCGGGAAGGUGAUGGAUACGGAUGACCUUGAUUCAGUGGUUUCUCUUUGUGGUUUGUGCUAGUGUUGAGUGUUGGAUAGCCGACGGCAAGGUGUCGAUAGUGUCGUAGCCAGUGGUGCCAGUGACAUGUGACAGUCUAUGGAAGUGUCAGGGUGUGCUCGGAAUGUUUACGAAACACGACAAGGCCCCCGAGAGGUGCCAUCAUCCCUCGCAUAGAAGCUGCAAGAAGAAAAAAGUGCCCCCACACACGCCGUGGAAGUACUUGAUGAAUUGCCCACUCGUUAGGAAAUGUUUUGGCCUACAGUUGCGGAGCAUCGAGGAGCCGGCGGGUGGGGCGGGCGGGGUCAUGCCCGCACCCACCUGCUAUGAUGCGGAGUGCGCGCGUACUGAGGCCUGGCUGGAUGAGAACCAGGACUUCGUGCACGACUACUUCUUGAGGAAAGCAACACGGCAAGUGGUGGACGCGUGGCUGGUGUCACACGCCACGCCGCCGAGCGCAGAACUCGCGUCCCCCUCGCGCGCCGGCUCGGGCUCCGGUGCGACUACACCAGUCAGGAAGAUCUCAGCUCACGAAUUUGAGCGUGGUGGCCUGCUGAAGCCGCUGGUGACGACAGUGGACGGGACACCAACAUUCCUUGGAGAUCAGCCGCCGCAUGCGACGCCUUCGCGGCCGCAACGACGAUCCAGACACGAGCUCCGACAGUUGGAUGAGAAAGAGCUCAUCUUUGAACUUGUGAAGGACAUCUGCAACGAGUUGGAAGUGCGGGUGCUGUGCCACAAGAUCCUGCAGAAUGUAUCCAUACUGCUGGACGCAGAUCGAGGGUCCUUGUUCCUCGUACAGGGAGACAAAGUCGCGUCUCCGAAUCAGAAUGGCAGAUGUCUGGUAUCGAAACUGUUCGACGUGUGCUCGAAGUCAACUCCUGAGCAGAUGGAACAGCUUGAGGAGAUCCGGAUACCGUGGGGCAGCGGCAUCGUCGGCUACGUCGCCGAAAGUGGGGAGCCUGUCAAUAUACCUGAUGCUUAUAAGGACGAAAGAUUCAACCACGAUAUUGAUCAGCAAACGGGGUAUAAGACAAGAUCCCUACUUUGUAUGCCAAUCAAGGAUAUCAACGGAGAAGUCAUUGGUGUAGCGCAGGUGAUAAACAAACAGAAUGAUGGUCCGUUCACGGCGAACGACGAGAAGGUAUUCGCAUCGUACCUUCAGUUCUGCGGUAUUGGGCUGAGGAAUGCGCAGCUGUACGAGCGGUCUCAGCUGGAGGUGAAGAGGAACCAAGUUCUCCUUGACCUGGCAAGGAUGGUGUUCGAGGAACAGAGCACGAUAGAGCACAUGGUGUUGAGGAUACUAACGCAUACGCAGAGCCUUAUAAGGUGUCAACGAGUACAGGUACUCCUAGUCCACGAGGCUUCCAAGGGCAGCUUCUCGAGGGUGUUCGACCUAGAAGCUGGUGAUGAGACCGACCCUGGCACCCCUCGAACCUCGCCGUACGAGAGCCGCUUCCCCAUCAACAUCGGUAUCACUGGAUACGUCGCUACUACUGGCGAGACGGUGAACAUACCCGAUGCCUACGCAGACCCUCGCUUCGAUCCAGCAGUGGACGACGGGACUGGAUUCAAGCACAACACUAUCCUCUGCAUGGCGAUAAAGAACUCCGAAGGCAGAAUCAUCGGUGUCAUUCAGCUUGUAAACAAAUUCGACGAGCUGCUAUUUACGAAGAAUGAUGAGAACUUCGUGGAGGCGUUCGCCAUAUUUUGCGGGAUGGGCAUACACAACACACAUAUGUAUGAGAAGGCGAUCACUGCUAUGGCCAAGCAGAGCGUCACUCUUGAUGUAUUAAGUUACCACGCGUCCGCCUCAAUCGACGAUGCUCAACGGUUACGAACUCUAAGGAUACCCUCAUCGGUCCACUUUAACCUUCACGAGCUGGAGUUCGACGACAUUGACAUGUCGGAUGAAGACACGUUACGAGCCUGUCUACGCAUGUUCCUAGACCUCGACUUUGUCGAAAGGUUCCAUAUAGAUUACGGCGUUCUUUGCCGAUGGCUUCUCAGUGUCAAGAAGAAUUACCGCAAUGUAACCUACCACAACUGGAGGCACGCGUUCAACGUCGCCCAAAUGAUGUUCGCCAUUUUAACCGAAAUUUCCAAAUUGCAGGAGACUCAGUGGUGGAAGAUCUUCGGGGAGCUGGAGUGUCUUGCUCUCAUCAUCGGGUGCUUGUGCCAUGACCUUGAUCAUCGAGGGACCAAUAACUCUUUUCAGAUCAAGGCCUCUUCACCCCUAGCGCAGCUGUACUCGACAUCAACAAUGGAGCACCACCAUUUCGACCAGUGCCUCAUGAUCCUCAACUCGCCCGGGAACCAGAUACUGGCCAACCUCUCCUCUGAUGACUACGAGAAGGUCGUCAAAGUCCUCGAGGAUGCUAUCUUGUCCACCGAUUUGGCUGUAUAUUUCAGCAAACGCAAAGCAUUCAUCGAGCUAGUCAGUACGGAGCGUACAGUGACCCCGGAGUGGGGCGAAUGCGAGCAACGCCGGGGGCUGCUCCGAGCGAUGUUGAUGACGGCCUGUGACCUCGCAGCCAUCACGAAGCCCUGGCCGGUGGAGCGGCGGGUCGCGGCCCUGGUCGCCGGCGAGUUCUUCCGACAAGGGGAUCUUGAGAGGCAGAACUUGAAUUUGACGCCUAUUGACAUUAUGAAUCGGGACAAGGAAGACGAGCUGCCCGCGAUGCAGGUCAAAUUCAUUGACACCAUCUGUCUGCCUAUUUAUGAGGCAUUCGCAGUGCUGUCAUCGUCGCUACAGCCGAUGCUGGACCGAGUGAAGAGUAACCGCGCCCACUGGAUUGACCUGGCGAACAACGACAAGGAUGGCGGCGAGAAGAUCGAGUACCGUCUCGAGAAGAACCACCUCGCCGAACGCAAUGACAAAUCCAGCAUCAGCUCACAGAACGUCGACGACACAGAAAACACAUACGAAGGCGAUAGCAGUGGAGCCGUCAGUCUAUCAUCUGAAACAAACUCCAAAUAUGACAAUCUAGAAAACCCCGUCGUUGGCCUCCUCUGCAACAACGUCUUGCUGCCCCGAGACACCAAAUUCAGUCCAGUCAACGACGUCAACCAAAUGUAAACAUAUUAGAUGCUAUUUUGUGAUAAACGUUACGCAUCUUAUUUAAAUUAGAUUGCGUCCAAACCUCGUUUCGUAGGCCAAUAGUGAAGCCAAAUCGUCCAUUUAGGAUGUUAGAUUUUGUAGUUUGUAGCAUACUGUUUUUUAGUAUCUGCACAGUUACGUACCACGUUUAUGUUUGUUUAUGUUUAGUACUUUAAAUGUACAGUUUUUGCAUUUCUAUUGCUGUUUUAUGACUCGAGCCUCAUUGCAAAAAGACGUUUGCUAUCUGGCGAAGGAUAUAUUUUUGUUUGCGUGAGUCCAAUCGAGUCGUACAAAAGCGCUGUUUCCUCUCUGGAAUAAUUUGCUAUCGUUCCUAUUGGUCUGUUUGAAAGAGGUCUCCUUGUGCAGAUGAUACGAUGUGCUCUUGUGUGACAGAGAGUGUGAUAUUUGUGUAGUAUAGACGAUUUAGUGGAAUUUGAAAUUCAUCUAACGCAAGGCGUUUUCAUAAGUUUAUGUGAUCAUGACCAUCGUUGCACUAUUUUUAUACUUCACAUAGCUUUACGUAUUUAAGAGAAUAUUUCGAGCAUGUAAAUGUUUUAUUGACUUACCUUAUUCUAUUCCUAUGAAUUUAAUUUUAAUUGGCGUCGUCUAGUUUUGUUCCUGUUCAUAUCGAGUUCGAAAUUAAAGUUCGAAAGACUUUAAAUAGUUUGAUAUAAUACCUUAACUUUAUCCGGUAAUGUAGUAAUUGACUGACUGUCUUUCGAAGUAAGUUUCGGACACUUACGAAUAAUGCUUUAAAACAUCAAUGUUUGUGAAAAAUAUGUAAAAUUUUUGAAACAAAUAAGGACGACGCCGAAUGUAUUAAUCGUUUUGUGUCGCUAGUUCCCGUAAAAUUUCUAAGUAACAAAUAGAAAUUAUCAGUUUCGUUCUAUGAAUAUUACUUUGCGAAUAUUUCGUAAGUUUUGGAAAAGUGAAUAGGGCCUAACUGUCGUGAUGUGCUAUCGAAAUUAAUCAAAAUACCAAAAAAGUAAGUAGGUAUCGUAUUAAAUUAUUUUGUCUUAUUUCCAGUAUAUUCGUUGGAGUUUGAGUAUUGUAAUUAUUGGCUCUAAGUUUUUAAUAAAAAUAAGGUGAGUGUGUGUAAACGGCCGAUUUAAUAUAGUGCGUAUAUCGGACAAGGAACAUUAUAUAUACCCGUACUUAUAUGUAUGAGGAUAAAUGUAUAAUUUCAGUCGCACAACAUUUUGUAAAUAAUCUUUGAAGAGCUACUAACAAAAUGUAACCUUUGGUAAGUACUUAUUGUUGUAUCGGGGUCUAACGUUUCAGUCUUCUAAUUUAAUCUUGAAAUACAAUAAAAUAGUACUUUUUUCUUUAAGGAACUUCGCCUCGCAUUGAUUUGAAAAUUAUAACUUAGUUUUAUAUACAGUAACGGCACCUAGCAAUCCAUUCCAUUUUUAUCGUACCUAUAAUAUUGUUUGUGUUGUCCAGUUAGUGAAAUGUCAAUUAAAUAUCAGAACCAGUAGUACGUGGAUCAACCACGCAUUAAAAUUUUGUAUCUCUAUGAAUCCGUAAACAGCUUUUAUUAUAAUGUAAAAUUUAAUGUAAAUCUUACUAUCUCUGUCGCUUUGAAUUUUAAAACUUGUGGAUUUAAUACUUGGACCCAGUAUAAUAAAUUCAUACGAAAUAUUAUAUGACCAAUGAUUCGUAACAAAAUGAAUAACGAAAAUAUUUUCUUCAAUUGGAAUUCUCUCUAUAAGCAUUAGAUAUUUACAUGAAAAAAUCUCAAAUUAAUUGUGGUAAUAAAUAUGUACAAGUUUAAUGAAUAAGAUCGCUGUAAGUAUUAUUAGAAAGUAAUUAGAAAAAUAAUAAUUGUAAUUCACUAAAUGAUGAGUUGUAUGGUGUGUGAAUAAUUAUGGAGGUUGUUUUGUUCCAAACAAAAAUGUUAUUUAUUUAUGAUUAAAUGAAUUUUGAAGUAAA